AAAGGGAAAUGGUCUUGUCUGCGCCUAAUACUUUCGAAAUUUAUUCGAUACAACUAGGAAUCUAGGAUUAUAGAAAGACUGGUUCUUUUAUAUCGUUGGUUAAGGAAAGAGCUGGUUUCUUUUUGGUAUAAAUUGAAUGCUUUUGGGUGUUAUUUGGUAUAAAACUUUUAAAGUUCAAUCUUUUCUUAGUACGACUUUAAACAGUGAUCAAUCUUUUCUCUCUACACAAAUAUCUCUUGUGAUCAACCCUCAGCCUCAUCGUGAUCGAAUGGAGCAUCUGUUGGGCCUUCUUAGAAUCCGUGUGCAGAGAGGAACAAACCUUGCUGUUAGAGAUGUCAGAAGCAGUGAUCCUUACGUUGUCAUCAAAAUGGGCAAGCAGAAAUUGAAGACUCGUGUGGUGAAGAAGAGCGUCAAUCCCGAGUGGAACGAAGAUUUAACUCUUUCAAUUUCAGAUUCAAGUCUUCCAAUCCAUAUUGCUGUUUAUGACAAAGACACAUUUAGUCUUGAUGACAAGAUGGGGGAUGCUGAAUUCAAAAUCGGUCCAUUUCUUGAAGCCAUACGGAUGCGCUUGGAAGGCGUGGCAAAUGGAACGGUAGCUUCAAGAGUACAACCAAGCAGGGAAAACUGCCUUGCUGAAGAGAGCUCCAUCAUCUAUAGUGAUGGCCAUAUUAUCCAGAACAUGACUGUCAGACUCAGAAAUGUGGAGAGUGGGGAAGUGGAACUCCAGUUACAAUGGAUUGAUAUUCCUGGCUCUCGGGGUUUGUAGAUUAUAUGUAUGUAUCCAUGUCAUUGCCAGACUUAUUUAGUUAUUCCUAUGCUUAAGCUGUUUAAGCAUUAUAGCGGAGAUAUGGAGAUUGGAAGAUUAUGCCUGAACUAAAUUGCUUUCGCGAGUGGUUAAAAAUGCUAAAUAGAUUUCUGUUUUCGCAAUAAAUACUAAGUUCUAUA